AAGAAAGAAGGGGACCAGCGGACUGGCAAACGGACCGUGGCGGCAGCGCAUAUUGCCAUCGCUCCAUCCACAUGCUCUGGUCAGCGAGAGUGCCAAUACCAUCUACCCAGACCAAGAAUCCAAUGAACUUCUUUUGAGCCAAGUCAACCAGUUCUCUGCUUUCGCAAGUCGACGUCUAUACACUAUUAACAGACCAGAUCCAGCGAUCUUGGAAAUUCAAAACGUUGUGAAACUCGACGAGUUGUUAACGUGCCUAUUUCCGGUCACUGAUAUUUUGUUUCCUAUCGAUCAAACGAAAGUGUUACCGAGGGGUGAGUUCUGUUCCAUAAACCGAUACAGAAAGUGUUAUAGUGUUGACUUUUUGCCAAAGGGAUUUUUCCAUGAUUUCGUAGCAGCACAUCUUUACAAUCUACUCGUUUGAUCCAUUUUGAUCAUGGUGCUUGAGUAUGACCCUCAUCAGUAUGCAGCCUCAAACAUGAGCUUGGAGACCUCUUCUGAAAGUUGUAGUAGUCGAUCUGGUAGAGUAAGAACCAUAAGACUUGUCCGACCAAUCCUUGGCACUUUACCACCGCCAAGUUUUACAUGCAGACAUGGACCUAGUUUUGGUUUCAGUCUUAGGGGAGGACGAGAACAUGGAACAGGUUUUUUUGUUUCCUACGUGGAACCAUCCUCAGAAGCCCAUAGACAAGGAUUGAAAAUUGGAGACCAGAUAAUAAGAGUUAAUGGUUUUACGGUAGAAGAUGCAGUCCACAAAGAAAUUCUUCAGUUCAUUUCAAAUCACACACAUCUGACCUUGAAAGUGAGAAGAGUUGGCAUGAUACCUGUGAAAGAGAAAAAAUCGGAUUCACUAAGUUGGCAGAUUGUAACAGACAAUAACUCUAUGAGAUCUUCACCAUUUCUAGAAAAGAUUCAUGAUGUCCGGAUCAGUAUUACAGUAACACCAAGAUCGAAACUUGGUUGUGGUAUAUGUAAGGGACCUGAAUGGAAACCAGGAAUAUUUGUACAAUUCACGAAAGAAGGAGGAAUAGCAAGAGAAGCUGGUUUGAGACCAGGUGACCAAAUACUUGUGUGCAAUAAUGUGGAUUUUAGUAAUAUACCAUUUGGUGAGGCUGUUAACAUAAUGAAAAUGUCAAAGCAAUUGGACCUCAUAAUCAGGAAAGGGGCAGGAUCAGAACUUUUCCCAGGCGAAUCUAGUGGUUACAACAGCUCAGCCAGCUCAGUCACAGGUGACCAGAGUCCAUCUUGGUCAGAAUCCAAACGAUUGUCCAUGGUCAAAGAAGAAAACUUCGAUUUAGAAGGACGUCUAGAUCGACUCAAGUGCACAUCCCAAUGGAACAACAUAGAAUGGGAUGAGCUGGAAGAACAGGAGAAGCCAUAUUUCAAACCUACAAUAAUUAACUUAACUGAAAACGGAACCAUUAUUAGUAAUAAUGGUAGUGAUGAAUGUCAGGUAAUAGAAAAUGACUAUAGCACCAUAGGGAGGCAGAAGCAGGAUUUGGUACCAAAUAGACAAGAGUCUCAGAAGACUGUAGUGGUGGAUGUCCAUAGAAGUGACGUAGAUGAGUCCAGUAGCGGUUCAGAGAAUGGUUUGGCUAGUUCGAAUACCAGUAGUUACAGUUAUGGAGAAGCUAGUAGUAGAAAUAGUGUAGCUUCUUGCAGUUUGUCUAGUGCACUAUCUUUGGAGAUACAGAGGCGAAAUGAGAAGAAAAAAUUAGAGAGCAAACCGUCAAUUGAUGAACAACUGCAAAAAAAGAAGAUCGUAGAAGGAUUCAGUCCAGAAAAACAGAGUCAACAUUGCAAGUUAAUGGAUGAAUUCAAAAAGGCUCAUAAGAAAAUGUUCAAAUCGUCAGACGAAUGCAGUGACGAUUACGAGGAAUGCUUAGUGGAUAGAAAUUCCACUAUAGAAUAUUCCCAAAACCUAACAGAGAAACUCUCUAACAUACAGGAUGGUAGUCCACGAGAGAAAAAGUCAUCACUGAGUAGACAAACGAGUUCAAACACGAAUGCAAGCUUGCCACCACCACCCCCACCACUGUUACCACUACUGGAACCAUCGUCAGCAACACCCACAACAAACGGUACCAAUUGCAACACCCUGAAGUCCAACAAAACGCAAAAACCACGAGCACCACCAGUACCAGAAAAACGCUCCACAUUGUCCUUCAACCAACCUCCACCAUGUCCAACGCCAGACUACGACACUCUCAGCAUCUCAUCUUCGACAUUCAACACCAAACAAAACGAAUUUCCAAGAAAUGGCAACGCAGACAACGUGGAAAUGGAAUCUUUGGAAUCCUUUGAACUCUACAAUAACACAGGGAACAAACCCAGACCUCCAGACAUUUACUUUUCAAACUCUCCUACUAACGGUUCCAUAUCUUCCGGUACUUCUACCUUGCGCAAGCAGAGGCCAGUAAGUGUCACCAUUGGGGAAUAUGGGAACGGUACCAUCAGGAAGCCAGGAAAAUUGAAUUUCCUGCAAAAUAACAGAGACGAAGUUGACCAACGUAGACGUCAAACUGUCACUAGUCAAUUCGCAACUGAACUUGCUCAAACUCUGAACAGAUCCAAUCUGAAGAGAAGGACAGAGUCUAUGGAAAACUUGCUCAACUGUUCCCAAAUAAAACCACAGAAUAACGGCUGUGUAAGAAUUUCACUGAGUAACUUGUCGAAAAACACCUUUAAAUCUACAAACGACUUGACCAGCUCAGGAGAAAAUAUCUCCGAAAUGUUCGCGAACAGAGUUACCAUAAAUAUCAACAAUUUAGUCGAGAAGAAAAACGACAAUAAAAACGGAAUUUUGAAAAAUUCCGUUAUCGACAAUGUACCAACACACAAACCCUUGGUGGCACAGAAAAGUAUAACUUUCAAAGAGCUCCCAAUUGUGAUAAAUGAGAAAGCAUCACAUGUGACUACGUGACAAAAAACAGAUGUUCCCUCAUGGUCAAAAGAAGACAACGAAGAAGAUAGUUUCUCGAAUCAAGAACGAGCUGUUAAUAUUUCCAUAUCUUCAUUGGGCUCGACUGAUAUGUGCCUAUUUAUCUAACUAUGUAUGUAUUGUGAUAAGUACAAUAUUUCUGCAAUAUUAUAUUUACUUCUAUUUUUAUGAUAUCAUAGUUUGUAUGUAUAUUAUGUCAAUUUGAAUGUGUCAAAAUGUGUAUUUUACCUAAGCAUAUCACAAAAUAAAGUUUAAAGUGGUAUCCAUUUA